AUGGCUGCCAGUGAUUUUACUCUCAUACGAGAUCUCGAUGUCUUGAAGGACAUUUUCACAAUGAAGCUUCGUGUUAUCAGAUUAUGGACACUUGAUAGUUACUACAACAAAAAUGAACUUUUCUCUAUUGAACUUAUUCUAAUGGAUGAAGAGGGUAACAAGAUCCAAGGCUAUGUCCAUAAAGCUUACAUUUACAAGUUCAAACAACUUCAAAACGAAGGUGAAGCUUUUAUCAUCAAAUCUCCAAAUUUAGCAAAGAUGCAGGAAGGAAGAUUUCAACUUACCAAUCAGCUACAAAAGCUUGCUUUGAAUCUGAACAGUACUGUUACUCCAUGUGACAAUUUUUCUGGAUCAGUAAAUGACUUUGAUUUUGUUGAAUAUCGGGCGAUUAUCAAUGGCACUGUUCCAGAAAAUAUGUCAUUGGGUUAG